CCGGCGCAGAAUUAAUGCGUCACAAAAAGGAACCAUUACUGCGCCGCUAGGCGGGCGGAAGCUUUACCUUAUGAAUAUUCAUAGCUGCGCUUUGCUAAUACAUAUUCAUGAGUGCAAGAGACAAAGGAAGUGGUCAAUGCUUCUUCUUCCAUGUUUUUGGUGCCCCUGUCUGCCACAGUAACAAAUGGCUCUUCUUCUCCUGGCUCAGCGCGCUCAUGUUCGUCGCCGCCGCCGUCCCCCUCAGGAGCGGGUUUUCCGUGCCCGUACUCAGUUUCUAAACCUACCAGAAGAGGUUGUUAUUCAGCGUUACCGUCUGCAUCCUGCACUUAUCCGUGACUUAUGCCAUCUCUUGGAACAUGACCUGCAGCCAUCCACGGGCCGCUCCCAUGCUCUUCCUGUCUAUGUUAAAGUCACUGCAGCCCUGGACUUUUACACAUCUGGAACAUUUCAGACACCUGCUGGAGAUGCUGCAGGCAUUAGCCAGGCUAGUAUGUCCAGAUGUGUGACGCAGGUCACUGAGGCCAUAGUACGACGGGCACACCGCUUUAUCCACUUUCCAAGAGGCCGCAUCCAAUGUAGGGCAGUUGCCCGUGACUUCCACAGACUUCAUGGCUUCCCUGGGGCAGUGGGAGUUGUUGGAUGUACUCACGUGGCCCUGAAGCCACCUUCUGAUCAUGAGAGUCGCUAUCGCAACCGCUGGAGAUACCACUCUAUGCACAUGCAGGCUGUAUGUGAUGCACGCGGAACACUAACUCAUAUUGUAGCGGAGUACCCUGGAUCAGUAUCUGAAGAGGACAUACUGGUACAGUCAAGCCUGGGACAUAUGUUCCAAAACCGGGGGCAAGAUGAUGACGAGGCAUGGCUUAUAGGAGGCCGCUGUUAUACCCAGAAACCCUGGCUGAUGACACCAAUUGAAGACCCUCAAUCGUCAGCAGAACUGCAGUACAAUGACUCGCAUACAGCUGCCCUCAAUGUUUUAUCAGGUGCCUUUUGCUCUCUCAAAUCACGGUUCCGUUGCUUGAGCAGGCGCGGUGGCUCCUUACAGUACAGCCCGCUCAAAGUCAGCCAAAUCUUCGUGGCUUGCUGCGUCCUUCAUAAUAUGGCACUUAGUCAUGGCUUGGUGGUACCAGCAGAAGAAAGGGAUGAAGGGAGUGAUGUGGAUACUGGAGAAGAGGGCAGCGAAGAGGCGGAGAGUGCCAGACAAGAACUGUUGAGGAAGCAUUUUAGUUCAAGGUAAAGAAGGAAGACGUUUGUACACUUUCUCUGGCUCAAGAUGGUUUCUCCCGUUGGACAGCUAUAGCUUUACCCCUCACCCAACUGUUGCAGAAAGCAGCACAUUUAGAGAAGCUUGCAGCUUUUACAGGAGAAAUCCAGCAUUUAAGCAUCAGAAUCAGUUUCAUAAAAAUUACCCAACACCAUCAGCGUCCUCUGACCUGAACCUGCAGAACAUUUUAUGUGCUUUAUUCACGUAUCAGCAUAGAUUUCCAGAUAAAAGACCGUGCCACCAUCUGUACCAAGUAGGAUGUUAUGACUUCUGACCUUUUAUUAAAUCCACAAAAUG